AAAAUACAGCAAUCCAUGAGAUGUGUUGCUGCAAAAUAACUUCCAUGGUAACCCAUUUCUGCAAAAUAAUUUCUUACAUAGGCUGGAUUCAUGGAAGUGGACAAAAUGCAACAUGGCUCUAGGCCUAUCAAGAUUUUGAAUAUUAUAUUAUUUCCACAUAAAUAACAAGUCAUAGUAUUUUAGCACUUAUGUUUUACUAAGCGUUUCAUGACCUAACAACCAUGGACUGCCUCUCAGGAAUCCACAGCAGUUACCAGAAAAUAUCAGCGAGAUAUCAGUUUACACUGCAGGUUUUCUCACCAAAUUUAGCCUGCAUAAGAUGCAGACCUAAGAGCAACUCUAGCAGACCCCGCAAAAAGCCCUGACCCGCAAAAUAACCGCCAAAAUGCGGGUCGGCGCGGAAAAUCCCGCCCGAACAGACCCCGCAAACGCGGCCGGCCCGCAAAAUUUUUUUGAGGGGCGCGGCAAAAUCUCGGCCCCAACCCGCGAAUACGCGGGUUUCCCCCUCGCCCCUACGGUGCCCCGUAUCGCAUUGAAGCGGUUGGCGGGAGGGACAUUUCAGCCCGCGCCCUUUCCCCAUCUCCUUCGCCACCGCCCGCCCUUGGUUCCGCCCGUCCGCCGCCAGCGAAUCCGGCCAAAUCUGCGGGCGGAAUCGCGCCACGAGGGCGUCCCCCAUCCUCCAGCACCGAUUCGCUGCACCGCCCCCCCGGAUCCGGCGAGAAGAGCCGCCCCUCGUCGCUGUCGCCGCCAGGGAUCGACCGACCUCGAGCCCGCCCCUCGUUGCCGCCCGGGAUCACCCGCCACACGAGCCGCCGGUCAGUGUUUGUUUUGUGCUUUGUGCUGAGUGUUAUGCCUAGUUGAUUGACGCGGCAUGCGAUUCUUGUCCAUGUAGAUGGAAUUGAGCCCGUGCGAGAAGUUCUUGCUCUCCGAUUCGGAUGACUCGGAUGUUGAGACGAUGCUUGCGACCUUUCGGCAGCAAACAUUAGUGAUGACACUUGCCGUGAAGGAGCACAAAGACGAGAACCGAAAGAGGCGGCGAGGAUCGACCGUCGGGCGUCUUUGCAUUCCUCGGAAUCGCCAUCUCGGGAGCGAGAUGUUGAUGCAAGACUACUUCGUGGAGAAUCCAACAUAUCCACCGCACCUCUUCCGGAGAAGGUACCGAAUUCGCCGAUCCCUCUUUGUGAAAAUUGUUCAAGCUUGCGAGGCAAAUUGUCGGUAUUUUACUCAAAGAAGAAAUGUUGCGGGCUUAAAGGGAUUUAGUGCAUAUCAAAAAAUCUCCGCAGCUAUGCGGGUGAUUGCAUAUGGCGUUCCGGCUGACUAUGCCGAUGAGUACCUUCGCAUUGGUGAAGAUACCACAAUUGAGUCAGUGCGUAGAUUUGCCAAAGUGAUCAUCCAUGUCUUUGGUCCUGAAUAUCUUCGGGCACCCAACGAGGAUGACACAAAGAAAUUGAUGGCAUCUAAUGAGAGGAGAGGUUGGCCUGGCAUGCUAGGUAGCAUUGAUUGUAUGCAUUGGACUUGGAAAAAUUGCCCGAAGGCAUGGCAAGGAAUGUAUUGUGGCAAGUCUCGUGAUGCAACAGUUGUGCUAGAGGCCGUAGCAUCCAAGGAUUUAUGGAUUUGGCAUUGCUUCUUUGGUAUGCCGGGCACUCUCAAUGAUAUCAAUGUGGUGCAACGGUCUCAUUUGUUUGCUAGGCUUGCUAGUGGUGAUGCUCCUGCUUACAACUACACUAUCAAUGGGCAUGAAUACACAAAAGGGUACUAUCUUGCAGAUGGUAUAUACGCUCCUUGGUGCACCUUUGUCAAGAGCAUCAAAGAUCCCAAAACUAGAAAACAUUGUGAAUUCGCAAGGGUGCAAGAGACAGCCCGAAAAGACAUUGAAAGAGCAUUCGGGGUUUUGCAAUCUAGGUUUGCCAUUGUUCGUGGUCCUGCUCGUUUUUGGGACAAGAGGACCUUGAAAAAUAUCAUGACAUGCUGUGUUAUCCUUCACAAUAUGAUCCUCGAAGAUGAGAGAGGAAUGAACUUGGCUUCUACGACAAUGUGGGUACCCGUGUCAAACCAGCUAGAGACCCUAACCGCAUUAGAGCUUUUCUUCAGACCUACAAAGAGAUUGAAAAUGCAAACACCCACUUUCAACUUCAGGAGGAUCUCAUUGAGCACCAUUGGCAAAGGGCUGGACAGUAACAAACUCAUUUUUCUAUUCAUUUGAAUUUGUAUUCGGGACAAGUUUUGUAUUGCAUUAUUUAGUUCGCUUCGGUGAUUUGAAUAAUAAUUUGUGAUGUGGAUGAUUGUUGUAUUGUGUUGGUAUUGAAUAAUUAUUUAGUUUGCUUCCGUGAUUUGAAUAAUUAUUUUGUAGUGUGGAUGUUUGUUUUAUUUUUGUGGUGUGGUAUUGAUAUUUGCGGACCGGCGGGAUGCGGGAUGCAGCAGCGCAAGAGCAGACCCCGCAAAGCUGACCCGUAAAAAAGUAUAUUCCGCGAAUAUCCUUUUAUACGGGUCUGUUUGGGGGGUCUGCCUCUGCGACCGUCCGCGCCGGCCCGCAAAGCCGUUUUUCCGCGAACUGCAAACGCGUUUUGCGGGGCCGGCGGGAUGCGGGGUCUGCUAGAGAUGCUCUAAGAAUGAGUACUACAUCACAAAGAAAGACAACAAUGCGGCAGUUAGCCGUGAAAGCUGUUUCUGCAAAUUACUCGGCGUAGAACGAAUUGUGUUAAAUUUGGCAAGAAAUCUGUUUUCAAUACAUUACUUUUGCUCACUAGGUUUACAUAAGCAUCAUAUAUUUUGAAAAGAAGUUGCAGAAAAAUCCAGAUAAUUUCAAAUAUUAGUUUUGUGACCAAUAUAUCAAGUGGGACAUGGGUUGUAACUAUGUAGAUGGUUUAGACCACAUAUAUCAUGUUCCUUGCUUCGAAAUUCACGGAACAAAUCUUCAGUGGCUCUGUACUGGUUCAUAUGUGAAUGCAUAAUGUACUACCCAUGGUUUCUAGCCGCAACUAAAACUGUAAUCCCUUCCAUGUGCCUGACUCAUUCAUUGGAGCCAUCGUGAGCAACAUCUAAUCAAAAUUAAUAUUGUUCAUGGCAACAUGUAGAACAUUAAGGAAAAUCAUUUCACAGUUGAAUGGACUACACACACAGAAAAUUAACUGUAGUAAUCUGCAGCAUAACUAGGAUCGUCAAGAGACAAUGCAAAGACAAAUGUCUAAAUUGUAAG